AAGGCGCGGUCAAGUUUUUCAAAAAGUUGUAAUGGAUAAAAUUCAGGUUAUUCCUUUGGGUGCGGGUCAAGAUGUUGGCCGUAGCUGUAUCAUUAUUACUAUCGGUGGAAAGAAUGUAAUGCUUGAUUGUGGAAUGCACAUGGGUUAUAAUGAUGAGAGAAGAUUCCCAGACUUUUCAUUUUUUACCAAAUAUGGUACACUGAACGAUUUCCUGAGCUGCGUUAUCAUUAGCCAUUUCCAUUUAGAUCAUUGUGGCGCAUUACCCUAUAUGACUGAAGUGAUAGGAUACGACGGGCCAAUUUAUAUGACACAUCCAACAAAAGCUAUUUGCCCGCUUUUAUUAGAAGAUUACAGGAAAAUAUUGGUCGAAAAAAAGGGCGAAAAAGAUAUUUUCACGUCGGAACAUAUUAAAUUGUGUAUGAAAAAGGUCAUCGCGGUAAAUUUACACGAAUCAAUAAAAGUUGAAGAUGAUCUCUACAUUAAAUCUUAUUAUGCUGGGCAUGUUCUAGGUGCCGCCAUGUUUUUAGUCAAAUAUGGUGAAGCUUCAGUUCUAUAUACAGGCGAUUUUAACAUGACCGCCGACCGUCAUUUAGGAACCGCCAAAGUGGACAAGUGUAGACCUACCUUGCUUAUAACCGAAUCCACGUACGCCACGACCGUUAGAGACUCGAAAAGGUGCAGAGAGGGCGAAUUUUUGAAAAAAAUACACGAAUGCGUCAAUAAUGGAGGAAAAGUUCUCAUUCCAGUUUUCGCUUUGGGCAGAGCUCAAGAGUUGUGCAUAUUGUUGGACUCCUAUUGGGAGAGAAUGAAUAUCAAGGUUCCCAUUUAUUUCAGUAUGGGAUUGACAGAAAAAGCCACUUAUUAUUACAGGAUGUUCAUAUCGUGGACAAAUGAAAAAAUCAAGAAAACGUUUGUCGAUAGAAAUAUGUUCGAUUUUAAACACAUCAAGCCAUUCGAUAAAUCUUAUACCAAUCUACCCCAGCCCAUGGUAGUCUUUGCCACGCCCGGCAUGCUCCAUGCUGGUCAAUCAUUAAAUAUCUUUAAGAAUUGGGCACCGGAUCCUAAAAAUAUGGUCAUCCUUCCUGGUUACUGUGUUAAUGGCACCGUUGGUCAAAAAAUAUUGUCUGGUGUGAGGGUCUUAGAGUUCGAUAAUAACAUUAUGCUGGAAGUAAAACUAGCCGUGGAAUACAUGAGCUUUAGCGCCCACGCCGAUGCCAAGGGUAUACUACAACUCAUACGUAAUUGCGAGCCCGCCAACGUUCUCUUGGUACAUGGGGAGGCUGAAAAGAUGUCCAUUUUGUCCGGUCAAAUAAAAUCUGAAUUCGGUGUGCCUUGCUAUUUCCCUGCCAACGGCGAGAAUGUAGACAUUCAUGUCGAAACCUCCAUUUACGCUGAUUUGAGUUUGGAUCUGCUGAAAUAUUCUGCCCCUUACCCGGAAGACAUAUUUGAUGAAGCGAAUUCGAUAAAUGGAAACGAGUCUAAUCAUAUUAAAACCAGAAACAUAGAAACCUGCUGUGAUCUGAAGCGAAUUAUUGAGGGAACAAUAUUAGUCAAAGAUAAUAAGCUUCAACUUUUACCAACUGCCGUAGCUUACCGGGAAGCCAAUAUAAAGCUGCCACCUCCUAAAAUACGUUCCUAUUUCAAAUUAGCGCUCGAUGUGAAAGACCAAGAGAUCAUGGAUAGGUUUAGGUCCACUAUAAACGAUAGAAAGGGACAACCGUGCCCUGAAAAGGAAUCGGAAGGUGACAACUCGAUAGCUAACGCGGUUAGAAUCUUCUGGACUAAUGAAUUGACCACAAUGCUUGAAAAAGAAUCAAAAACUGUUGCCCAGUCUCCUCAAAUUAAAUCUCAUCAUAAAAGAUUAAAAAGUAAUGGGGAUACUCAAAGCCAGUCAUGUAGAUUCGAUAUCAAAAUACCCUCCUCGUCUAUUCGAAUACUUUCCGAAGAUUUUAUCAUUCUUAAUCCUGAUCAAAUUCUAACUACUCACGGCUUUUCGCUCAAUUUAACGCUUUCUUGGGAUAAUAAAGACGAAAUACGUGGAAUGAAAAUAUUGAAAUAUUCCCUGAGCAAUGAGUUGGGUGAAGGUUCGAUCACGAUCAUUCCAUCCGGAUUUUCAAGGGCGAACUUGAGGAGCCGACUCUUAGUUAUGGGGCUUUGAUUAUGGUGAAGGUUGAAUCUAU